UGCGCACGUAUCGUAAAGCAGUUGCUGUCCAGAAUUUCUGUGUGUGAAAGGGCACAGGAAGUGGGCAGUAAACCAUUUCCUUCCCGCAUACCGUUCGCCGGAAUCUUAAUCGGACGGCGAUCGCCGGAAUAUUGCACCGGUAAACCUCCUUGAAUGGUUCAGAACUCAUUAUUUCCACUUCUGGCACAUAUUUCAUAAAUCUGCAACUUCUGAAUCUUUUGGGAUCCUUUUCCUUCCCCCUAUUGCUGUUCCUUCCGAUCUCCAGUACCAUUAAAGGAUUAAAUUUAUUAUAGUCGGAGAAAGAUUCUCAGGUCUUGUCCAUAGUUGGUGGAUCUGGCAAGGAUCAUGAGUGAAUAUACUCUAUUUUGAUCUGUGUUGAAAUGAUCACAGGAUGCAUAAUGGCUCCAGUCAUGGAUGAAACUGAUGGAAUAUCUUCAGUUCCUCCAGGUUUUGUUUCUCUGAAGUCAUUCACCUUGCAGAGGGUUCAGAAUAGUUCUUUGGCAUCUACACCCGUCAAUGAUUCCAGAAAGGCUAUGGUAGAUGAUGAGAGCAGCGCAAAUGGUGUUAUGAAGUUAAGGAAGUCUCUUAGGCACAGGCCUUGGGUGAACUAUUGUCAGUUUGAUAACAGCUCUGAUGAGGAAUCAGACUCUGAAUUUUCUGACCAAGAUGCUGCUUCGGUACGGUGUCUUCCUAUAGGUGUUUUUCGUGGGUGCAAUGAAUGUGGCGAUUGCCAGAAGAUCGUAGCGAGAUGGCGCCCAGAAGGAUCAUGUAGGCCCAUACUUGAUGAUGCCCCUGUGUUCUAUCCAAGUGAAGAGGAGUUCAAAGACACUCUAAAAUAUAUCGCCAGUAUACGCCCUACAGCAGAACUAUAUGGAAUUUGUCGCAUUGUUCCUCCCCCUUCAUGGAAGCCUUCUUGUCCUCUUAAAGAAAAACAUUUAUGGGAAGGCUCCAAUUUUACCACUCGAAUCCAGAGAGUGGACAAGCUUCAAAACCGGGAUACGACGAAAAUGCUGUUGAGAAACCAUAGAAUGAUGAAGCGGAAAAGGAGAAGGCUCGCUAAAAUGAAGGCAGCUUACAAUGAACCCAAUUUAGAUAUUUCAGAAAUCAACAAAACGGGGCCGUAUUCUCAAAGAUGUGGAUUUGCACAAGGUCCAGAUUUUAGUCUAGACACAUUUCAGAAAUAUGCAGAUCAUUUUAAGGAGCAAUAUUUUUGCAAUAAUUUAAAUGCAAACUUAAGGUUUGAACAAUGGGAGCCAUCUAUUGAGAAUAUUGAAGGGGAAUAUUGGCGAAUUGUUGAGCACCCCACUGAAGAGAUUGAGGUUCUCUAUGGUGCUGAUUUGGAAACUAGAAUCUUUGGUAGCGGUUUUCCUAAGGCUACUUCUGGUCCGCCUGGUUCAGAUUCUGUUGAUUGGUAUGCCAAAAGUAGCUGGAACCUGAACAAUGUGCCUCGGCUUCCUGGUUCUGUGCUUGCUUUUGAAAGUGGAGAAAUAUCUGGUGUUCUUGUGCCAUGGUUAUAUGUAGGCAUGUGCUUUUCUUCAUUUUGUUGGCAUGUUGAAGAUCAUCACCUUUACUCUUUGAAUUAUUUACACUGGGGUGCUCCGAAAAUCUGGUACGGAGUUCCUGGAAGAGAAGCUUUGAAUUUGGAGGCUGCUAUGAAGAAACAUCUAGCAGAGUUAUUUGAAGAACAGCCUAAUUUACUCCAUAACCUUGAUACCCAAUUUUCGCCUUCCAUUUUGAAGUUAGAAUCGGUGCCAGUUUACCGUUGCAUACAAAAUCCAGGAGAAUUUGUUCUCACCUUUCCCCGAGCAUAUCAUUCAGGUUUCAAUUGUGGAUUCAACUGUGCGGAGGCCGUUAAUAUUGCUCCUGUUGAUUGGCUACCUCAUGGACAAAAUGCUGUGGAGCUUUACUGUGAACAAAUGCGCAAGAUAACCAUAUCUCAUGACAAGCUUUUGUUGGGAGUAGCCAGAGAAGUUGUGAGAGCACUGUGGAACGUCUUAUUCCUUAAGAAGGACACACCUGAAAAUCUUGUAUGGAAAGAAGCCUCUGGAUCUGUUGGAAUUCUAGCCAAGUCGCUUAAGGCUCGGAUUGAGUUGGAGAGGACUAGAAGGGAACAUCUUUCAUUUUCUCAGAUUCGAAAAAUGGAUCCUGCCUUCGAUGCUGAAAGUGAACGAGAAUGUGUCCUGUGCCAUUAUGAUUUGCACAUUUCGGCUGCUGGUUGCCCGUGUUCACCGGAUAAAUUCUCGUGCUUAAUACAUGCGAAGCAUCUCUGCUCGUGUGAUUGGAAAACACGAUUUUUCCUAUUUCGUUAUGAGAUAAGUGAACUAAAUACUCUUAGUGAUGCUGUAGGAGGAAAACUGAGUGCAGUUCAUAAAUGGGGAUUGCAGGAUCUCAAGUUGAGCUUGAGCUCUUAUGUCAACAAAGAGAAAUCAUGUCAAUCCAGGUUCUCUGAUCAAGAUUGCUCAGAAGCUAAAGGGAUUGAUAAAGUGUGCAUGAGUUCAGAUUUUUCAGUAACAUCUAAGAAUAGUAAUUCAGCUCAAGAUGGCAAGGCUUCUGUACUACAAUAUGUGAAGUCAACAGUGCCUUCUUCUGCCAUGGAUGAUCCAUUUUUAGGUGAUGUUGGAAACAGAAGGGAACAAAUAAUGCCUCCGAAGCUGGGAAAGGAGAGGUCAAAUAAGAGAGAAAAUCCAGGGAGUCUUAUGAACUUUGAUGGCAAGGAAUCAAGCUGUAAUUCUCUGGACAAGCACGUUUUAGCGCUGCCCAUGAUAUGUCCAACUGUUGUUGAUAAAAAAAUCGAGAAUAAGCCGGAUGGAUUGAAAAGCAUUGUCCAUUGUCUUCUUCCUUCCUCCUUAGAGUCCAAAGAACAAGGAAAAGGAGAUAGCUCUGGAAAUUGUUCCUCUAAUUCCCCGCCUCACUCUCCUGAAGUUUCCAUUGCUCAGGAAGCCUCUGAGCAUAAAAAUUGCUUAAAAAUAGACCUUUUGGAAGCCAAAGAAGUGGGUGAACGUGAUGCUAGAAGUGCUAGGUGCGAGCAGAAGCAGCAGUGCUCUGGAAGUUUGACUGGGAGCUCAAACUUAAAUGAGGUUAACAAAGCUGGAAAGGUUAUUGAAUCUGAUUCUCUUAACAGUACGAGGGAUAAUGGAGAAUUGGCUGAAACAUGUUCAUCAUUUCCAUUAAAUACUGUUCAAAGACAUAACCACACACAGAAGGGGCCUCGAGUGGCCAAGGUAGUGCGGAGAAUAAGCUACAAUGUUGAGCUAUUGGAAUAUGGUGUUGUGUGUUCAGGAAGUUUGUGGUCUACCAGUCAGGCAAUUUUUCCCAAAGGAUUUAGGAGUCGAGUUCGAUACUGGAACGUACUCGAUCCUACACAGAUGUGCUAUUAUGUUUCAGAAAUUUUGGAAGCUGAACCCUACGGGCCUCUGUUUAUGAUUAAGUUGGAGGAAAGCCCAAGUGAAAUAUUCUUCCAUUUAAGCGCUACUAAGUGUUGGAAUAUGAUUAGAGAGAGGGUGAACAAUGAAAUUAGAAGGCUGCACAACCUUGGGAGAGUUAACCUUCCAUCUCUUCAGCCUCCGGGAUCAGUUGAUGGCCUUGAGAUGUUUGGCUUAACUUCUCCAACAAUCUUACAGGCAAUCGAAUCCAUGGAUAAGAACCACAUCUCCUCGGAGUACUGGAAAUCUCGUCCUCAAAUUCCAAAUCCGUCAAACAAUAUAAAUCAACAAGCAGUUUCUACCGACACGGAGAAUGCCGAUCUCAAAUCCAUAUUGAAGAAAGCGAGUUCGGAGGAGCUGCAGACAUUGUACAAGGCAUUUCAUAGGGAUCGACCCGAUGCCAGUCAUCAAUUUCUUGAGCUCAUCAAGGAAGAGAACCGAAGCCGUCUCGUCACAUUCGAUUUUUAAGAACUUCUCUUAACACAGGUUAGUCAAAUUUGUUCAAUUUUUGUUAUUGUUCUUAUUGUUCAUAAGUUAUAUCACACUCCCAAACUGAUCCUUUUUUUCUGCUGAAAUGAGAUUCAAAAUUUGGAAAUGUAGCAGACUUUUCUUAGUUGUUAUAUUAUGCAUCCCAGCUCCAGGUGUGAAGCAGAAAAUAGGCCUGUAACUAGCUCUUAUUUCAAGCUUUAUUGAGUUGAAGAUUAGUUUUCAAUGGUUAGUAUAUGGUUUUAAAUGAACUAUAUUGCAAAACUUCUAUUAUAUAG